UCUCUCUCUCUCUCUCUUCCGGACUUGAGUGCGCCGCUGUUCUCCGAGUCCGGGCCGGUCUCAGUAGGAAACAUGGCGGCCAUCAGCAAGUACUUGACAGCCAAGAACUCCGCUGUGGCUGGCGGUAUCCUACUCGUUUUAUACUUCCUGAAGCAGAGACGAAAAUCCGCUGGACUGAACAGGAAGAAGGGUUCUUCAAAAGAUCUGAGCAGUGACCAGAAAGAUGGCAAGAAAGACAGAGCUGCUGUGGACAAGCUCUUUUUCAUCCGGAUCUCACGGAUCGUCAGAAUUAUGGUGCCAAGAUUAUUCUGCAGAGAGACAUGGUACCUGUUCCUGAUCGCAGUGAUGCUUGUGACUCGGACCUAUUGUGAUGUCUGGAUGAUUCAGAACGGCACUAUGAUUGAAAGUGCGAUCAUUGGUCGAUCCACUAAAGGUUUCAAGAAGUACUUAUUCAACUUUAUCACGGCCAUGCCAGUUAUCGCUCUGGUGAACAGCUUCCUGAAGUUGGGCCUGAAUGAACUGAAGCUGUGCUUUCGCGUGCGACUUACCAAACAUCUCUACGAUGAGUACCUGAAGGGUUAUACGUACUACAAAAUGGGAAACCUGGAUAACCGCAUUGCUAACGCUGAUCAGCUGCUGACGCAGGAUGUGGAAAAGUUCUGUAACAGUGUGGUGGAUCUUUACUCCAACCUCAGCAAGCCCCUGUUGGAUAUCGGUUUAUACAUUUUCAAAUUAACAACAGCGAUCGGUGCUCAGGGUCCCGCCACUAUGAUGACCUACCUGCUGAUCUCCGGCCUCUUCCUGACCCGUCUGCGCGGGCCGAUCGGUAAGAUGACAGUGACUGAACAGAAGUAUGAAGGAGAAUACCGAUACGUCAACUCUCGUCUCAUCACAAACAGUGAAGAGAUUGCCUUCUACAAUGGAAACGUAAGGGAGAAACAGACAAUUCAUUCAACCUUCAAGAAACUGGUGAAAUGCGUGUGCUCUUCAAAGGUGAAAUCCGGAGCCAAUGUUUUGGUGUGUGGACCCAAUGGGUGCGGAAAGAGUUCACUUUUCCGGGUUCUUGGAGAGUUAUGGCCGCUGUUUGGUGGGAGUUUGACGAAACCAGAGAGGGGGAAACUCUUCUACGUCCCUCAGAGGCCUUACAUGACCCUCGGCACACUGAGGGAUCAGGUGAUCUACCCAGACACCCAUGAGGACCAAAAGAAGAAAGGCAUCUCUGACCAGGUGCUGAAGGAAUACCUGGAUAAUGUCCAGUUAGGUCACAUUUUGGAAAGAGAGGGGUCGUGGGACAUGGUUCAGGACUGGAUGGAUGUGCUCAGUGGAGGAGAGAAGCAGAGAAUGGCGAUGGCCAGACUCUUCUACCAUAUACCCCAGUUUGCCAUCCUGGAUGAGUGCACCAGUGCUGUGAGCGUAGACGUAGAGGAUUACAUCUACAGUCACUGCAAAAAGGUUGGCAUCACCCUGUUCACUGUCUCUCACAGAAAGUCCCUGUGGAAGCAUCACAAGUACUACCUCCAUAUGGAUGGAAGAGGAAACUACGAAUUCAAACCCAUCACCCCUGAAACUGUGGAGUUCGGCUCUUAGAGGAAAAACAACUGCACUAUACUAUCAGCAGCCCUAGUGAUGGCCCCUAACUGUUCACUUCUUAAAGUGAUAGUUCACCCAGAAAUGAAAGUUCUGUCAUCAUUUACUCUUUCUUCCGAUGAAAGCAAAAUAAGGUAACAUUUGAUUGUAGCCAUUGGCUUCCAUAGUAUGGAAGUCAAUGAAGACCAUCAACUUAGUUACAAACAUUCUUCAAAAGAUCUUCUCAAAUGUUCAACAAAAGACAGACUCUCGUAAAAGUUUGGAACAACUUGAGGGUGAGAAAGUGAUGGCAGAAUUUUUAUUUUUGAGUGAACUGUCCCUUUAAGUAGUCGCCUGCCAACCUAAGGAGUUUGUUUUUAAUCAUUAUAACCUUUUUGGGAUGAAAUUGUGUUUAGAGAUUUAUUAACACUACUUUUGUCCUUAGUGAUUGUAUAUAAUUUUGUAAUUUAAGCAGUUCAAUUUAUAAGACAUCUGUUAAGUAUGCAUGGGUGCGUGUACCAAGGAAAUACAUCUUGUGUCUGUGCUCUAAUUUGUUAAUAAAUGAAAUUGGUCUGUAUAGGUGCACACAAAUCGAUGGCACUGGACUGAACUGAGCGUUCAAUAUGCUAGAUACACAAUAAUGAUCUAAUAUUGCCUUUUUCUCAUCAGCUAAACCUUUCUUUAAGCUACUAAGUGGCCUUUUCGUGCUCACUGCAGCGUGGUUGGGUGGUCUGGAUGUGUGCGAGUUGUUUUUUGGUGCACUUUACAUGGUAUGGUAAUUUGGACAACCAGGGAGCCUUGUAUAACCGUUCGGUGUCUGUAAUCGAUGAGAAGUUGCCUAUGCACUUGUUUACUCCAGCAUUGUUGGCAUUUCUUGAUGUGGAAGGAAUCCGGAACGGUUAUGUAAACUGAAAGAAAUAUUGUCGUAGCACUUCACACAUUAAGCAAAUGAACCACUUUGCUGUAUGUUUUCAAUUAAAAAAAGGAGAUAUUGAUGCUACUAGUAGUCUGUUAGUGGUCUUUUUUUAUCUCGAAGAAAUGGUUAUAGAUCGUGUUGAUGAUUUUGUGUGUGUGUGUGUGUGACUUCAAUUGGACUGGUUUAUCGCACAUUAUGAAACUGGUUACUUUAGGAAAUCUAAAAAAAAAAAAAAAA